AUGCCAGCCCCUCUGGAGACCUGCCUCUCAGACCUUGAUUGCCCCAGCAGCAGCAGCGACCUGUCCGGCUUCCUCACCGACGAGGAGGACUGUGCCAGGCUCCAACAGUCAGCUCCUGCCUCGGGGCCGCCUGUGCCGGCCCACAGGGGCGCACCCGCGAUAUCUGGGGCGUCCGAUACUCCCCGGGCACAGGAAGAGGAGCAGGAGCGGCGGCGGCGCAGGGGUCGCGCACGGGUGCGCUCCGAGGCACUGCUGCACUCACUUCGCAGAAGCCGGCGUGUCAAGGCCAACGACCGCGAGCGCAACCGCAUGCACAACUUGAACGCAGCGCUAGACGCACUGCGCAGCGUGCUGCCUUCCUUCCCCGACGACACCAAGCUCACCAAGAUCGAGACGCUGCGCUUCGCAUACAAUUACAUCUGGGCUCUGGCCGAGACUCUGCGCCUGGCUGACCAGGGGCUGCCCGGGGGUGGUGCCAGGGAGCGCCUCCUACCACCACAGUGCGCCCCCUGCCUGCCUGGGCCUCCAAGCCCCGCCAGCGAUGCUGAGUCCUGGGGAUCCGGUGCCGCCGCCUCCUCUCCACUCUCUGACCCCAGUAGCCCCGCCGCCUCCGAAGACUUCUCCUACGGUCUCGGCGACCCCCUUUUCUCCUUCCCCGGCCUGCCCAAAGACUUGCUCCAGACGACGCCCUGUUUCAUCCCUUACCACUAA